AAAGCACAUUCGGUAAUCGGUGUAGACAUUCGCACUGCAGUGCAGCUAGGGGAUUUUACCUCAAUAGGAUACACACGCUUCUCAUCCUCAUGUACACUCGGCUAUUGCUGAACCAGCGUGUGUGUUUCUAUCUCAAUCCAAAGACAUCGCAUCGUGUGUACAAAUGACCUCCGCCCGAACUUGUGGGGGAAGCUUUUACCUGCUGCCCAAGGAUGAUGAUUUAGCAGGGGAGGAUGAGCUUCAUGACAGACUUAAUCUUCUGAUACAGGAUACAGAACCUGAUAGAUCACUAUGGAGCCUUUCAGAAUAAUUCCUACCAGGCGAUGGCUGAGAAGCAGCAAGAAAGCCCAAGAGGUGAACGAAAAAGGGGAUCAACUUGGGAUUCUUGGAGCUAAGCCUAAGGCUGCCAGCCCGCAUCCAGAUCCCUCUACCUUGGCAAAGGAGAUGGAAGAGUUUGAAAAACUAAUGCAGCUUGGCACUACUGAAGGGGAUCGUGGUUCAGAUGUGAAAGACACACACAAGAAUGAAAAAGCAGAGAAUCCUAUAAAAGAUGCGGGAGAUAAAUAUGUUCCUGACCAACCAACCACAUCCCUAGAACCAUACGAACCAACACAGCCAACAGCAUCACCAGUAAUACCUACCAAUGUUCGACAGACCUCUAAGUCACCUGAAGCAUAUGAACCAGAUGAACCAACUCCAGUUGAUGAGGUGUACACCCCUGAUCAACCAACUUCACUUCAAAGUUCUGAUCCAUACGAGCCAGAGCAACCGACUGAUGAGCCUAUGGUUGUAGAGGACUCUGAUAUUUCUGCUAGCGCCAAGAGAGAGGAAUCGGAAGUGGAAGCUGAUAUGCCCCAACUUCAGUUAGAUUCGGUUAGCUCUGGUUAUCAUGGACAAGUUGAAAAGGGAGGGGAACAUGCUGCUAGGGAAAACACAGAUUCAACACCAGCUGAAAGUGUUCCUAAACAUGAAGGAAAUAAAUCUGAACAAGAAAAUCUUCUUCCUGAAGUAUGGUUACGGAAAAAGGAGAAAAAGAAAAAGCAUGGCAAGCACAAAAAACCUCUGGUUGAAUGGCGGUUGGGAGUUCUCAGGAAGGAUUAUGUCAUCAAAGAUUUCAAAAGCUUUCCUGUAGAUGAAAAGUUAAUGGCUACAACAAAGCAUAAGUGGAACAAUGAAAGUGAAGUGGAACACCUGAAAGUUCUUCAUUCAGGGGAUGGGAGCCAAACUGACACCUCUGAAGUAUCAGGUAUGACUUCACCUGCAAUCGCUCAAAGUGACAGUGAACUUGAAAGUGAGCAAAAUACAAGUGGUGAAAUUGAUGCUAUUGGAAGAGCAGCUGAAGAAAAUACACUUGAAGGUGAUGAUAGUAUUCAUAGUUCAAAGGAUAAUGCCAUUGUGCAUGCAGAUGAAGAACUUAAGAAGGGAGAAUAUGGUGAAACAGGAAAUGUUAAGGUGAGUGCUGUACCUGAAAAAGUGCAGUCAAGUUCUGUCCUUGAUGCCCAACCUGAAAAAGAUACCAGACUUGAUUCUGUCGAGAAAAGUGAGGACUUAGAUGCUAAAAAGAAUCAAGAAAAACAGGAAGUUCAAACAACUGGUAAAGAAGAAAAAAAGAUCAAGUCAGAACCAGAAGAAAGUUCAAAUAGAAGAAGCACAAGGCAAUCAAGCCGGAGAGCAAGAAGAGAUUCAGGUGAGAAUAAAACGGAUACUGAUCAGAGAAGUGAUAAAAAGGAUGAUGACUCUGGCAGAAGAAGAUCAAGGAGAACUGAAAGACAUAAAGAUGAUUCAGAUGAUGAAAAGAGAAAAGAAUCUGAUAGAAAUAAAGCAGAAUCAGACAGAAGUAGAAAUGAAACUAGGAGACGCUCGCUGAGAAGAGACAGAUAUAGGGAUAACUCUGAUGAUGAAAGAAGAGAGGAAAGUAGAGAGGGAAGGCGAAGAGGGAGGAGUGACAGCCGGGAAAGAAGGGAAAGAAGUAACAGUAGAGAAAGACGGAGGUAUAGAGAUGAUGAUGACAGAUAUGACAGAUAUGAUAGAGGACGUAGGACAAGACGUAGUGACAGGAGAAGCAUGGACAGAACUGACGACAGGAGGUCUAGGGAGGAUGAUCGAAGAAAUGAAAGAAGUUUAUCAAGGGAGCAGGAUGAAAGGAGGAGAAAGGAAAAGAAUGAUAAAGAUUCAAAGAAAGAAGUCGACAAAGCCAAGGAGGAAAGUAAAGUUACUGCGGAGAAGAGAACCGAAAAGGCUGAUUUAAGGGAUGAUGACAAGCUGCAAGGGAAAGGUAAAACUGAUCCAAAGAUAAUUGAAAGUAAUACUGUUCCAGAAAAGGACCAAAAUAACAAGCAGAAUACUUCGAGUAAGGCUACUGGGAGAGUACCCAUUAAAUUUAAUUUCACAUCAAGGGCAGUUCGAAGAAGCACUCGCAGUGCAGUCAAAGCAAAGAGUGGAGUAUUCGAAGAUGACGAGGACGAGGAUGAAAAACCACUCUCAGAGUUGCAGAAUUUAUGUGAUGAGAAGGAAGCUAAAUCUUCAAAAUCAGAACCAUCAGAAGAUAAAGCUCCAGCUGUUACUCGCAGUAAAAGUCGUGAAGGUUAUGCAGUUGAAGAACCAACGGAAGUCAACAAAGUCAGUCAGAUAACCUCUGUUCCUUGUGAAACAGGCACAUCAACCAGAUCCAAAAGCAGUCAAAAAGUAGAAAAUCUGUUUGAGAUCACACUCAGGAAGGAAUCUAAAAAAGAUCAUGGAUCAGAAUCAGACAGUGGUGCAGAAUUGAGUCUGAUGGGUCUAGGAGAGGCCCCUAGUCUUUAUCCCGAAAAUAUUCUUGAAAGUCAGGUUGAAAUGGAACUCUUAGCAAAUGCAUUUUCCUCCACUGAUACAGAAGCAGAGAUAGAAAUUGAAAAAGUGUUCUGUAAGAAAAGCGAAAAUGGUACUAAUGCAAAGGAAGAAGAGAGUUCACCAAAACAAGAAGACAGCGUGGUAGACUCUAGGAGUGAAACUUUUGACAUGGAAGUCGAGGAAGAACAGCAUGAUACCAGUACUAUUGAAGUACUUUCACACCCACAGUUAUCAGGUGGGGAAGGUACGACUAAUGAUUUAAUGCCAACUGAUAGUCAUAAUAAUACAGAGAACAGAACUUUAACUGAAGAGGUGCCAAUUAUUCAAGGAGACCAAACCAAUACAGAUGACAUAAAGGUGAUCAAUAGCCAUAAUGAGAAAACUUGUUCUGAAGAAUUGCCAUUUGCUUCAGAAGGACAAACCAGUUCAGCCAAUAAUACAAACCUAAUUGAGCUUCCUCAGGAGGUCAGGAGAACUUGUUUGGAUAAUGCUCCACUCGCAUCAGAAAAAGAAAACAGUUCAGUGAACAAUGCAAAGUUGAUUGAUAUUUUUGAUAGUCAAAGUCCCUGUGACAAUAUUAGAACUUGUUCUGAUGAAGUACCUACUACUUUAGACGAACAAGUAAGUACAUUGAAGGAUACUGAGUUGAUCGAUAGUCAGAGUCUUCUGGAUAUCACUGAAGUUCCAGGUUCUUUUGAAGAACAUGCCAGUACAGAUGAUACUAGAAAAUCGAUAGAUGGCCAUACUCUGCAGGAAAAUGAAAGAGCUUCUAAUGAAAUGGCGUCAGGUGGUCUCACAGAAAAAUCAAGUUCAGAAAUUGAUGUAAAUGGAAGACAGGGUAAAAAUGAAAUUCUUCAGAACAGGGAUAUUGAUAAAACAUUGAAUGUUCCAGAGAUCAAAAUAGUACCCCCUCCCGAUGAAACCCUUGACCAAGCCUGCUCAGAAGCAGCAGGUGUAAGUACAGAAGAAAAAGAACUGGAGACUUCAAAUACAUCAAUAGAAACUGAACAAAGCGAUACGGAGGUUGUCUUACCAUUGAAGUCAAGCGGCUUGAAGGAGCAUGAAGAUGACUUUACCAAAACUGAAUCUGAAUCUGAUGAUGCAAUGACAUUGGAGGUCAUUGACCUAAUGGCUGGUACAGCAUACACAACGUCAAAGGUGUCUGUUGUCUUACCACCUGGAAAUUCUGAUGCUGAUGCCAAAAUUGAAGAUGAAGCAAUUGUAGAUAAUGAGGCGAUAUCAUAUGAACAGAAUGUAACAAUUUUGGACAAAGUAAUGGCAGCGUCGGGUCCUAUACAGCCACCUAGCAAUGAUACCAAAUUUUCUGAUGGUAACACAGAGUGUAUUGUUCUUGACCACAGUACUAGUGAUCAGAUUGUAACCGUCCAGAAGUCAAGUGCAGAAGUUUCUUCAGAAGUUAUGCACAGUGGUGAGAAUGUCAUGCCUUCCAAUGAGGUUGUUAGUACAUAUCUUCCAUCUGAAAAGCCUACCACAGAAGUAUUCAACAAAGAAUCUGCCAUAAAUGAGGAUGAACUUUUGGAAGCAAAUGUACCAUCCUCAAAGAGUGACUCUGCAAAAAAUAUUGUAACAAGUAUCGGGAUUGUAACAUCUCUCUCUGCAGAAGGCACAGAAAUUUCCAGUACUCAAGAAGCUGUGACUGCUAUUACUGACCCACCAACAAGACAUAUCCAUGAAGGGCCUUCCGUUAGUAAACGUAAAAGGAAAUCUAGGUGGGAGGUGGUUAGCACAGAAAUCCCUUCAGAAACUCCACCUCGGAUGGAUGUUAAUGAAGACCAAAGCCAACAAAAUAAGCCAUCCUUGAUUGACAUGACCGAUGAGCCUGUAUUGCAGACAGAGGCAAAAGCUGAAGAAAGCAAAUUGCCCCCAGUUGAAGCCCUCAUUGGAGAGGAGAUCAGCAGUUCUCCAAGCACCAACCAAAUUCAACCAUCAGAUGUUAGGCUUACUGUGGAUUCCUCAGAGGUGGAAGGAGAGAUCUCCCCAACAAAGAAAGUGAAGGUAGAUCCUGAUGCAACUAUUGGUGCAACUGCCGACUACUCUUCUGGGAAUGAUGGCAGCACUUCUAACAUGAUUCUUGAAGCAGGAGAGAGCAAGAUGGAUGCAACAUACCAUUCUCGUGGACUGGACCUUGAGGUGAACGCAGCAGGAGAUAAUCAGGCAGUGAUCAAACCUGAAGAAUUUGUUGAAAAGGAAGAAGCUGGCUUAAUCGUGGAAGAAAGUAAAGACACAGGAGAAGUUACCAAGCCAGAACAGGGGACAGAGGAGGAAUCAAUGGAAGAAGGAGAACUGGAUUCAGAUGUUAAGGAGGAGAUGACGGAGAAACCUUGGGAUGAUAGCACAGGGAUUGAACAAGGAGAAAUCAAAGAUGACGGUGACGAGGAAGUUGAAGAUAGUAGGGAAGAAAGGUCCAGACACUCCAGGCAAGACAAGGAGAAUAUACCUUUCGAUGACUUCUGGGCCGGGGAUGGAAGGAGAGAGGUCAGGGAAAGACCAAAGGAGGAGAGGAGGGAGAGUCGUGAAGAGAGGCAGAGACGUCAGUACCAGGAGUGGGGUAUCGUUGAGAGGAGCAAGAUGCCUCGCUUUUCAGAGUUGACUGAGAAUUACUACCUGACAGAAAGGCGAAGAUCAAAAGCUGGUAAGGAAGCAAGGAGAAUGGUAUGCUGCUGUACAACAUCUAGAGAGGAAAGAAGGCGUGGCAUCCAGGCUUGUGGGGAAGAUUGUCUCAACAGAGUUCUCAUGCUUGAAUGUGGGUCACGAUGUCCAUGUGGAGAUUACUGUACCAACAAACGUUUCCAAAAAAGAGAACAUGCCAGAGUUGGAGUUUUCUAUGCAGAAGGAAAAGGGCAUGGUUUGAAAACAAAAGAAGAACUAAAAGAAAAUGAGUUUGUAAUGGAAUAUGUUGGAGAAGUUCUGAACUUCCAUGAGUUCAAGCAUCGAGCCAAGCAGUACAGCAAAGACAAGAACUUACAUUUCUAUUUCAUGGCGCUCAAGUCAGAUGAGAUAAUUGAUGCUACUGAGAAAGGAAAUGUAUCUCGAUUCAUGAACCACAGCUGUGAUCCGAAUUGUGAAACUCAAAAGUGGACAGUGAACGGUCAGCUUCGAGUAGGAUUCUUUACCAAGAGACAGGUCAAACCUGGUGAGGAGCUUACAUUUGACUACCAGUUUGAAGUCUAUGGACAAGAAGCUCAGAAGUGUCUUUGUGGAUCUGAUAAGUGCAGGGGUGUGAUUGGCAAACAGAAGAAACAGAAGGAAGGCAAAGAUACAACACCUAGGAGAAGAGGGAGUGUUGGAGAGAAGCGAAGGAAAGAAGCUUUUACAGAUAUCACUUUGGAAGAUGAAAUUCAACAGAUGGUUGACGAGUUAGAUGAAUGUGGAUUACAGUCCAAUGACCACACUAUCGCUCUAUCAAGGUUCAUGGUGAGAGCAGAUCAACCAAAACAGAGAUUUGCACUUCUUAAAUUGCUACAGGAAACGACUGAGCAGACUUACCUGAAAUACUUCCUAUUCCAUCAUGGUCUCAGGCUGAUCUGGAGCUGGAUGGUGGACUUGGGAGACAACCCUGCUGAACUUCAAAUGCAGAUCCUCACUACCUUGGCCAAGCUUCCUAUUCCAAACAAGAAUGCAUUAGAAGACAGCAAGGUUCUUUCUGUUAUUGAGAGGUGGGCAAGAGACUUUGCCAAGCAAGGACCAACCCAAGAAAUGAGUUCUGUUACCAAGGCUGACAGCGACGUUGACUCAUCAAGUGCAAGUGAGACACCCUCGCGCUCUGAUACACCAAUCUCAGCUGCAAUGGCAUCAAGCAUGAGUACCAAUAUGGAGAUGCUCAAAUCAAUUGCAGAAGCAACAAGUUCUGAAAGUGAUAUGGACAGUGAAGCACCUUCGGGACUACCGCUCGCGCUUCGACAAAGGCUUGAAGUAGAGAGUAACGAGUCUCCGACAUCUACAGGUAGUGAAGGAGAAUCCAUGGAGAAGCCAACAUCCAGUGCAGAAGAUUCCCAGAAUGAGCAACAGGGUGACGAGGCACAAGGGCAACCAGACUCUGCCUCUGACGCUGCGACUUCUAGUAGUGCAGUGGCAGAAUCGUUAAGCAAGGACAAAAUGGUUCUUGAAAGUGCUGUUGUUGAUAGCACAGAAGCAGGUCUUCAAGAUGUCAACGACAACACUGAAGUAAGGACGCUUAAAUCGUUAGCUGCAGAUGCAGCAAGACAAGUGCAAUCUCAAAACUCUUCGUCUGAUGCCGAGACAGGCGCAGCGAUCUCACAAUCAGAGGAUGUCAUUAUUAUAAGUGAAUCCUCGGCAGCCAGUACAUCUGAAUCUGGAAACGGGACUUCAAACGUUGAGCAGCCAUCAAGCAUGGUUCUAGCUGAGACUGAUAAUGAGGCAGAAAGCAAAACUGAUGAAGAUGAACAGGGUGGCAAGUCAGAACUGGCCAACAUUAUUUCAUCUCUCUUGAGCUCAUGGAGUGACCUCAAAGAAAUAUAUAGGAUACCAAAGAAGGAGAGUGAAAAGGAUAGAGACAGGCAUCGUGAACAUGACAGGGAUAGGGAUCGCAGAUACGACCGUGAUAGAGACUAUGAUAGAGAUCGCCAUCGAGAUCGUGAUCAUGGAAGAGACAGGGAUAGAAGUAGGGACAGAGAUGAUAGGCAUCAUAGAGACAGAGGUAGAGAUGGUGAUCGAGAUCGGCAUCGAGACAGAGAUAGAAAAGAUAGGGAUAAAAGUGAUGAUAAAUCAAGGAGAAAACGAAGUAGGUCCAACAGUAAAGAGCGGGAGACCAAGUCAUCUUGGUCAAAGGACUCUGAUGCAAAUGCAACACCUCCGAAGCUCAGGAAACCCUGGAAGGAUGCUAAAGGAAAAGAACAAAGGAAGGAAAAGGGAGUGGUCAAAGAGGAUGUAAAAAUUGAUAAGGACAGAGAAACAAAGAAAAUGAGUAAAGAGGAGAGAAGACAUUUGUUUGAGAUGCAGGUGGAAGCGAAGGAAAGGGAAGAUGCGGCUCGUAAAGAGCAAGAGGCCCUGAUGAUGGCUCAGUGGCAGGAGAGUGAGCAACAGAGACAGCAGCAGAUGGCUCAGUUCAUAGAUGUCAAUGGUUUUCCUGUGGACCCCAAUGCUCCGGGUAUGAUGGUCAAUGAGCAUGGGAUGCCCAUUGAGGUCAUACCUGGGCAUAUGGAUGGGAUGCCAAUGGGGGAACCCUACAUGGGACAUCCAGACAUGCCGCAUCCUGACAUGCCCUAUCAUCCGGAUCACAUCCACCCGGACAUGCAAGGACAGUUUCCUGAGAUGAUGCAGCAACAUGAACACUUGGGCAUGGAGGAAGGAUACCACCAUCCUAUGCAUGAACAUCACAUGCCGCCACCUCACGAACGACAGCCGAUGUAUGAUGAUAGCGGGUUUCCAAUACCACCUCAGGAACAUGGGCCUCCAGGUAUGAUGGGUAUGCCACAGCAACGCGAGGGGCUACUACCUCAUCCUGGUCUGGAGCAGAUGCACCCUGGUAUGGACUACCAAAUGCACCCUGACAUGGAUCCUAAUGUAAUGGGACACCCCCACCCUGAGCACCCCAAUAUGGAUCCACACAUGAUGGGGCAACAUUUCCAGCCUAACAUGGAUGUUCAUCUCUUAGGAGGGCAGCCCCAUCCGGGUGACCCUAGCAUGUACCAUUCAGAACCCCAGAUGAUGCAACCUCCGGAACCCCAAAUGAUGCAACCUCCGGUGGAUGCAGUACCCCCUCAGGAAGUGCAUGUGCCACAGGUUGUACCCAUUCCUGCUGCAGGACCUGCCCAGGUACCCAGCCAACCAGGCCCACGUGAAGAAGAGCUGAUGCCUCCCCCCUCAUUGCCUGUCCCAACUCGCAAAUCAAAGAAGUCAAAAUCACAGAAGAGUGCAGCCAAGUCCUCGAAGAAAAGUCCUCCAUCUACUACGUACGUGGCCCCAGCUGCACCUGUCAGCAGCGCCAGUCCAGUACUACCCUCACCCUCAUCCAGCGUGGCUAGUGUAAACCCACAGAGUUAUGCUCCUGCACAGGCUGCCCCAGGUGUUCUCCCAGUGGCCCAAGCACCUCAAGUCUUACAGACACCAGUACUACCUCAAGCACCACAGCAAGCUGCCCAGACAACCUUCACCUUUGUCACUCCAGAUGGCAUGUUGGUGACACAGACCAUUGUUCCUCUAGCUGCAACAGAGCAGGGCAUCUCACCCCAUGUUCAACAUCAGCAACAAAUGGCUGGAGUGCAACAACAGCAACCACAGGUUACAGAGUCAAUUCCUUCACCCCCUGCCAAACCAAAGACUGCCAAGCUUCCUCCCAAGUGGAAGACCGCACAGGAUGCUGAGGGAAAAACCUAUUACUACCACUCAGUUACAAGGCAGACUCAGUGGGAGAUGCCGACGUGGGAGGAUAAUGAAGGUGAAAUGUAUGAUGAGGAGGCUGGUGGUGGAUCUAAUACGCCAACCUAUGAUGAGAAGGCUAGACAGAAGACAACUACGGCUGCUGAUACUUCCUCUGAAGCUGCCAAGAGACUCAAGGAGGCUUUCAGGUCAAAGAUGUCCCACCAUGUCGUUGGCUACCUCAAUGCAUACCGCAAGCCAGACUGUAAGAUGGGGCGCAUCACUAACACAGAGGACUUCAAGCAUCUUGCUCGGAAGCUGACCCAUGGCAUCAUGGCGAAAGAGCUGAAACACUGCCGGAAUAUCGAGGACCUGGAAGUCAACGAGAAUGUCAAACACAAAGCCAAAGAAUACAUCAAGAAGUAUAUGGGACGCUAUGGGAAGCUCUACAAGAAAGAUGCAGCCGAGUUUGAUUUAUGAUGAAAUUUACACCUGAAACACGUAGUGUUGGAAGAUGCCUUCAUCUAAUAAGUGAUGGUGUAGUGAAUGCAGCAUGUGGUGGCUGCUUAAUACUACUGAGGGUUGUAGGAGUUCUUACUGGUGAAGACCACAGCUGUAAUUGUUGUGUACCAGCAUGUCACCUUGUCUCUAGACCCUUUCAGUGAUGUUUCCAGAGAGGUUCUUAAGUCAUUGACCCACCCAAUAGCAUUUCAUGGAAGAAUCAGCUGGAACUCUCUUAACAGUGAUCCAAACGUGUAUAGAACUUGACUCAACUGUGUUUGCUUGUUCUUAGCGGUGUCCUGUCGAUAGCUAUACAUUUAGGAAAAGGAUUGAAAUAAUGAAGAUAUGAGAUGAGAAAUAGAUGAUAAAAGACAUACACACACAGUCCAAUACACAUUUUUUCCUUGUCUAGUGCACUUCCACUGCUGAAGUUUUCAUAGGGAUCAUGCCUGAUGUUGCUAUUUGAGAUCUUGGUUGGUCCAGCUCAGCAAGAUCAUCCUUUGCGAAUCUGCCAUGGUUGGCUUUGGUAUACCUUUAUUGAUGCUGCCCUUGUACCUACAUCAGUAUUAUGAAUGUGUCCCCCCC